ACUAAAUUAUUAGUCAAGGAUGGGAGUGGCCGCCCAUAUUUUAAGCCACGCCCCGCUGAGCUUCCCCGCAGCCAGUCCCAUCGCGCGUCCAUUCAGUGUGUGACCCGACCCCCCUCCUCUCAGCUGCAUGGACCCGUCCGAGCUCUCCUGCCUGUCUCUCUCAGUCACUGCACUUCUCAUAACUCAACAUGGACUUCAUGAAAGUCGCUCUGCUGCUUCUCCUGCAAGUCUCCUGUGUGUUUGUGUACGGGGCGGUGAUUGGAGCGCGUCACAAUGAAGUUUUCAGUAAAGACGCCACGAGUGACUUUGCCGCGGCUCAGGAAAGUUUCCAGUACGAGGAUAAGAGGGUGUUCACUGCACCAAACCACAUCGUUGCCUCGCCGAGGGUGUCGCCCUCGAAGCCACUGAGCACCGAUCGACAAAAUAAAAGUCAAAACUCAAGAGGCAAGAAAGGAAAAGGAAGGAAAAGAGAUCCUUGUAAAAAAAAGUACAAAGACUAUUGCAUUCAUGGAGAAUGUCGAUACAUCAAAGCAGUUAAGGCACCAUCCUGUGUAUGUCAAGCAGAUUAUGAUGGUGAGAGGUGUCACGCACUUACCCUUCCACUGGAAAAGCCUUUAAAUCCAUAUGAUCAGACCACAGUCUUGGCAGUAGUAGCAGUUGUUCUCUCAUCAGUUUGUUUAAUUAUUAUUUCAUCUUUGCUAAUUUUAAGGUACCAUAAAAGAGGAGCUUAUAAUGUGGAAAAUGAGGAGAAACUAAAACUUGGAAAUACUGCAUAGAUAUGAUUCCUUGUCUUCAAAACUGACAUGACAUCACAUUUGGAAUAGAAAAGUUACGGGUUGAUUUUUUUUUUUUUGUUUAUCUUUUUUUUUCUUCUGUUAAUGUAAAAUCUUCUCCUGGAUUGCGUCCACUUUGUGACCUGAUACAACACGUAAAACACUGCCUGAGAUGACUGAAAUUUGAAUUCUGAAUUCACUUGACAUUUUAAUAACCGAUGCAAUCAUUUAUUACAACCCUUUGACCUGAAACAAUAGAUGCAUCUAUAAGGACAUUGGGUUUUAACUUCUACAGUAACUUUUUUUUCAUUUAUGACCCCACUUACAGCAGAGUAACAUAAUGCCUUAAAAUAUUCUACCUGGCAAAUAGAAGAACCUUCAUUUAAGGCACUUUUCCAGGUAUAACUGCAGCUAAUAAAUUUCAGUUUAGACCUUUCAAUGACAAGGCUGUAGGUAUUAGGCCCUUGGCUUGUAGUUCUAAUGAAUUUCCGGUGCAUAGUGGAACACAAUGAGGGUAUUUCACUCUUGUUCGCAAAUGACACAGGAAAGCAAUACCUUUUCACACUUGUAUCCCUGGUAUUUCUCUUGAGUGACUGACAUUUGUUCCAUUCAUUUAGAUGUUGCUGUAGGAUUUCCACAUUAGGUUUCUAUUGAAAAGAAGGAUUUAAAACUGCAUCUAUUUUCCUAUUGUUUACCUAUAGUGGGUUAUGAAUGUAAGGACUUCUGAGCAUACAAUUAGAGUAAGGGUAGAACUAAACGAGCGUCUUCAACGUGAUUCUGGCGGAUCCGACACACUGCGCCAAAACGCAGGUGUCAGAGUCGGAUGCGACGGAAAAUAAGGUAAGAAAUACAAAUGUCUGAUCUUGUCGCAGCGUUCAUCCGACAUAACUCGACGUAGCAUGCAACGUCUGCAUCCGACAGUCGUGUCAGAUGAUCGAUGCCACACAAUUCAACAUUGCUAUUGCUUACCUUAUUUUCUGUCGCAUCCAACUUGACAGCCUGCGUUUUGGCCUAUCGCGUUGGAUCCGCCAGAAUCGUGUUGAAGACGCUUGUUUACUUCUACCCUAAGGCUCUUUGAAUAAGUCCUAAUAUAUUUUGAUGAGUUGCUGUGUAACACACGUGAGCAUAAUGGUAGAGAAAUGUUUCUAAUGGAAGAAAGUAUAGUCUGAUUAUGUUCCUAUCAUUCAAAACGUCCUCACACUUUGGGGUAUAUUAUUGACUUUAGCACAGGGAGCUCCGCAGCCCUUAUUCGGGUUUCUAACCAGUAAGUAUUAAUAGAGCAUCUAAACAAAAAAGGAGCUGCCACUUAGAGGCGUUAAGGAACAGAAGAUUACAGGAACAGUUAGCUUGAGGUCAAAAACACUCCGUUUUAUUUGUAAAAUAGGUUAAUGGUUUGGAUUGAUAUUUGGGCAAAUGUAGCUUCCAGGACUUCGUGUUUCACUAAAACCUAAAAUCACUGAUUUGGUGCUACCUGGCCGACUAUUUGCCUAAAAGUAGGGAUGUACCAAAUCCACUAUUUUGGAUUCGGCUGAACCUCCGAAUCCUUCGAGAAAGAUUCGGCCGAAUACAGAACCGAAUCCGAAUCCAAAUUUGCAUAUGCAAAUUAGGGCUGGGAAGGGGAAAACCUAUUUUAUGCCCUUGUUACAAAAAGUCACACGAUUUCCC